GCCCUUUUCUGUUUCCAAAAGAUCAACAGAGAGAGAUUGAACAAAGGAGAAACUAUCAACAACAUGAAGAUAAGCUUAAGCAGUGGUACUAGUAGCAGUGCAUCAGCAGCAGCCAUGGGAGAGUCCAAGAAGAAGGUUUCAUGUAGAAAUCUUGGAGGGUAUCUCAGAGAACAAAAAGGAAGGCUAUACAUUAUUAGAAGAUGUGUUUUCAUGCUACUUUGCUGGCAUGACUAAACAUGUAUUUGCUGCAAAC